GUUCCUCCCCUUGUGUGCCUGUACAUGAUCGUACUUCCGGUAUAAACAGAAAAACGUGCAACAAAAAUGAGCUUUUCUGCCUACAAAGAAGUUGUCGAAGAAGGCGACACAAUAAUGUUGUAUCUUGGUUUUGACAACAUGCACACAUUUAUUGUCAAACGUGGUAUAGUGUUUCAGACGCGAUACGGUGCGUUGAAACACUCGGACUUGAUAGGUGUCCAGUAUGGAAGCCGAGUGCAUUUGGCGAAGGGCUACCUGUACGUGCUGUAUCCAACCCCUGAGUUCUGGACGUGCAAUCUCCCGCACAGGACACAGAUCCUGUACACCACAGAUAUCAGUAUGAUCACUUUGCAGCUGGAACUGCGACCCGGCUCCGUGGUUGUUGAGUCAGGUACUGGUAGUGGCUCAUUGUCACAUGCCAUCCUCAGAACGAUCGCGCCCUCUGGUCAUCUUCACACAUUUGAAUUUCAUGAACAAAGAGCUGAGCUUGCAGCGGAGGAAUUCAAAACCCAUGGUGUGGCUGAAAAUGUCACUGUGACGCACAGAGAUGUAUGUGAGGCUGGUUUCCAGCUGGACCAUGUGGCAGAUGCAGUGUUUCUAGACCUUCCCAAGCCCUGGCUAGCCAUUGCCAGUGCCAAACAAGCACUGAAGUUGUCUGGUGGAAGGAUAUGCUCCUUUUCCCCGUGUAUUGAACAAGUGCAGCGCACAUGCGAGACAUUGACUCAACAUAGCUUCCAUGAACUGAAAACCAUGGAAUGCUUGCUGCGCAACUACGACGUCCGAACCAUAGCUCUUCCUUUAGCUGAUCUUGGUCCUAGUGAUGUUAUUGAAAAGGGCAAGAUCCAGCCAGGGCUGGGUGAUGGCUGUGCUAAGCCUGCGCAACAGGACGCAAUCACUGCUGAUUUGUGCAAAGUUGAAAGUCUUGAUGAUGAAAAUAAAAAUGAUCAGCGUCCUUAUAACAUUUCUCAUGUUGAUAAAGAUGAAGACAUUGGUAGGUCGGAAAAUUGUGACACUUCUAACCGACCUGCGAAGAAAAUGCGAACAGGGCAGGAGAAAUCUGUUUUCGUCAGAAGACAUGACUUUGAUCUAAUUGGACGUAGUGAUGGCAAGAAUUUCUCUUUUAAGUCUGCGAAUCCAACAUUACAAAUGCCUGGCCAUACUGGCUUUCUCACUUUUGCGUCAUUGUAUCCAUCAUAAUGAACAUUAGCAAUGACUCUAUUAAUUUGAAAAGUUAAUUUUUGUGUUGAAAUCAUUAAUAAAUUGUACAUAAACUGA